AUGGCGGCUAUGUCCCCGUCGGAGAGAAGAUUACAAAAGGAAUUAAUGUCUCUCAUGAAAGAACCUCCACCAGGGGUAACAGUAGACGGAGAUCAGGCCAGCCAAAAUCUAACAUUGUGGACAAUACACAUGGAAGGAGUUCCAGGCACAUUAUAUGAAGGUGAAAAAUUUGUACUCCAAUUCAAAUUCACAAAUAAAUAUCCCUUUGAUUCUCCAGAGGUAACAUUCAUCGGUAACAAUAUUCCAGUCCAUCCACAUGUAUACUCAAACGGACACAUUUGUCUAUCUAUACUCACCGACGAUUGGUCGCCAGCGCUCUCCGUGCAGUCUGUCUGUUUGUCCAUCGUCUCUAUGCUUAGUAGCUGUAAAGAAAAGAAACGACCUCCAGACAAUUCGUUUUACGUGAAAACCUGCAAUAAAAAUCCGAAGAAAACGAAAUGGUGGUAUCAUGAUGAUUCAGUAUAA